GUCGGUUGUUGCCCUCUAAUGUGGAAACUACUUUGGAAGUUGAUGUUUAAUCAAAUGUGUCUUUUCCCUGUUCUCCAGAGUAAGGAUCACUACUGUGAUGAUGAUAUAGGCAAUGGCAGAAUUGCCAUCAGUCUAUAGGAAGUCAAGUGCUGCAAAUAUGAAAUUGAUCGAGUGGUUUGCUGUGGAAAAGCAUGGUGCUGCCAAUGCAUAUGAUCUUUUCAGACCGCAUGAGGCCAAGGUGUAUUGGGCGUUGAUAGUGUGGAAACCUGGACUACUGCCCAAGCAUCACUUCACGUUAUGGUUGAUGGCUCACGGACGCUUGAAGAUGGUGGACAGAAUGUCGUAUAAGCCCUACAAGCUGUGUUCGCUAAGCAAACAACAAGAGGAGUCCAACGCCCACAUUUGUUUUCGCUGCCCCACCACUCGAGCGUUGUGGGACAAGGUGCGAUCCUGGCUUGGUUAUCGACAUAUGUUCACCGCCUAUUUGGACCACUCCGGAGGUUAUAUCGAGGCAACGUUCGGCUAAUGAAGGCUUGAUACUUAGCAGUCACUUGUAUUAUCUUUCUUUUAUGACAAACUCGCAAUAGAUGUCGUUUUGAGGGUGAUGUACCUUGUGUUGAGAGAUUGCUCCACAAGGUUCAGAUCUAUGUCUAUAGUUUUGUAGACAUCUAGAGCUUGUAUUGGUUUGGUGACAUUUAUAUAUAUUUACCGUUCUGCAAAAAACUAAGAGUAUCUCCUCAUUUAAAUUCAUGAACUUACUUUCCCUGGAUUGUCUUUGAUCAUCUAUUUUGUUUUUUGACAGUUCUGCUAUUGCCAUUUCACAUACAUUUGUUUCCCAUGAUUGUUUCGGAUUCUCUUUAUUGACAGAUUUUGUGUUACAAAAUUUCUACUUCCAAAUUCUACCCAUUUGGGAAAUCACUGAAUCAAAGCAUAUGCAUAAUAAAAAUAUUUGCUAUAUGUUAAUUGUCUUUGUGUUUUUUUCAGUUAACUACUAAUCCACUUUUCUAUGUAAAUUGUAGCAAUAUACAGAAAAAACAAAAUUGACAUACAGUGCUUUAUUUGAUUUACAAAAUUGCUACUUAAUAAAAAGCAUGUGCCUGCGUUCUACCUUAGACACCCUUCAUUUAAUGUCUU